AUGGUGGUAACGGUAGUAAUUGUGAUGGUGGUGGUCAUGAGUAGUGGCGGAGGUGAUGGGUGGUGUAGUGGUGGAGGUGGCAAUGUUGGUAGUAACAGUGGUGGUGAUGAAGGUGGUGGCAAAGGUGUUGGUGGUGGUGGCGGAGGUGAUGGUGGCCGUGUGGUGGUGGUGGUUGUGGCAGAGGUGGUGAUAGCGGCGACAGUGAUCGAUGGUGGUAGAGGUAACGGUGCUAGUGGGUGGAGGGUGGUAGUGGUAGCAGAGGUAACGGUAGUGGUGAUGGUGCGUGGCGGUGGAGGUGGUGGUGGAGACAAAGAGGUUUUCAUAUGUAGUGUUAAAAGUAAAAUGGGUAAUAUGGUAACAUUCAACAUUUUCACUUGA